AUGCGUCCGUCCGGCUCGGGGAGCCGCCCGAGGCUGGUCCCGGGGGCCCCGGGGCGCGCGGGGCGGGCGGCGCCUUCGGGAGGAGGCCGGUGGGGCGCGCGAGGAGCCAUCGCGGACUUAAUAAGGGCGGCUGCGCUGCUGCGCGUGCGCCCGGCGGCGCGGGGCGGGGAGGCGUCCCGCAGGAGCGCGCGGGCCGCCGCCCCCGCCCCUGCGGGCUCCGACCGGGAAGCCCCUGGUUGGGCGGCGGGCGGACGCUGGCCCAGGCGCCCGCUCCGCGCGCGGGGACGCGAGCUGCCCCGGAAGCCCGCGCGGCGGCCUGGGGUGGGCAGGGCGCGCCCCUGGGCCGUCGGCGUCUUAGAAGAAAUAAGCAGAAGCCGUGCAAGGAACUUACCGAAAUCCUUAAACAGAGGGGGCUCUUCUCCCUCUCUCCUUCCUCUGGCACAACAUGAGCGUGGUGGCCGGAGCUUGAAUAGCCCUCUUGAACUACGAAGUGGAAGCCACGUGCUAAGGACGACAGAGCAAAAAGCAGCAGCCUGGUUUUCUGGCACCGUGGACAGGCAUGUCAGCCCAGGAGAGCCUACCGCCGGAUUUCCACACGUGAGAGAACGUACUCUGCUAUUUUGCUCUACUGAUGGGAAAGAGAAGACGGAGAACUCACACCUGCCCAUAACGGUUCCGGACUGAAAGAGUCAUGUGUCCUCCCCCCAGAGUCCUCGGCCAGCACUGUUUCUGUAGCCCCAUCCCAGCUGCAGGGGAACACAGGUACUUACAACACUGUCUCACAACAAGCAACUUACAAGGAAGCUACUUGAUUUAAAGCCAGGAUUCUUAAUAUCAAGUCCAUGGAAUGGCUUUAAGGGGUCUGAGAGUCCCAUUAGAUUUUACACAAAAAUCUGGACUUGUGUUGUGAUGUUUAUUUUCCUAGGAAGAGGAUCCAUCUCUUUCUUUGGUCUCAAAGGGGUGCUCAAAAAAAAGUAAAGAAUUACUGAUUUAAGGCAAUAGGUAAGGGGAGAAAACUGUGGAAUUGGCUGCUAUCCUUCCUUUUAAAUUUAAUACUGCCUACAGUUUACUGCCUACUUAGGGUAGAAGACACAUGGACAGUAGAGGUUCCACGCACAGUGGAUGGCUAGUUGUUACACCAGGCAUUUUUCAUAUGCUACCUUUAAUCUUCACAUUCACCUCGAAGGCAGAUAUUCUCAUCCCCUUUGUGCAAAUAGGGAAACUGAAGCUGAGCGGGGCCCUGUGAGGUUCCCAGGCACCGACACCCUAUGCCCCCCGUUUCUUGUAGGCAAGACUCCAGCCUCCCUGACCUCCCCUGAGUUCCAAAGGGCAGAUUAUGGAACAGUUGCUAAUCAGGGGGGAGCAGCCAGGGAACCACCUGAGGCAAGACUGAAGGGGCCAGAGAAGCUCGUCCACCUGAGAUGAGGUCAAGGGAGCGCAUGCCCUGCACACUUCCCACCCUGAGUCAUGGUUACAAAGACCCUCAUCAAAUCCUGGCAAAGUAAUACAGCUGUCCUUUUCUGCUUCACCCCAAACCCUGUCUCCGAGAUUUGAUCCUGCACCCGUGUGCAGAGAGGCUGAGCUUUCAGGAGCAAAACUAAGAAGCACAAAGAUCACAUAACAUGCCUCAGAUCACACAGCUAGUAAAUGCAAGGCAUGUGUGUGAACCCAGGACUGUUUAGCUUCAAAGUCCUCAUAUCACUCUGGGCCAUUUAGGUGUUUAUUAUCCAUUGUGAAUGAGAUGUAAAAGACAAUAUGGCCUGAACGUAUUCAGAACUUUAUUUUCCUGCAAACUGAACAAACCAGACAAAAUACCAGUCUUUAGCAGAAAUGUCAUAGAAAUUUCUGUGGUUGAAUGACAAGACUCCAACAUUGAUGAAGAUCUGUUGUGUACACAACUGACUACAGAUAGAGAAAGGCCAAAUAGCAAAGAAGAAAAGUGAAAGAAUUUCUAC